CAUCGCAUUCUACUCUCCCUGGCCCAAUCUGUGCACACUCUCUGGGGACUUGACAUCAUUUCGGGCUCUCAACCCAAAGGGGAGACAAGCAUAAUGUAAUGAGCAGAUUGCAUCGCUAGAAGGGUGUGGUUCUGAUUAAAAAUAACAUAGCCGCUGUCUGAGUUUACAGCAAGUGGAUAAAGGAUUUCGAUAUAAUCAACUGAUACCAUGUAUACAGCGAGCUCCGGUUCUGGCAACGCUUCCCUUCACUGUUCCAUGUCUUCAUCGGCGGAUUUCUCGGACGAAGAUGAUUAUAGUCUUAAAUCUGGGUCAGUCUCACCGGCACCGGGGGACACUUUACCCUGGAACCUACCAAGACAUGAGCGACAUAAGCGACAAAUUCAGGGAGGAUCCGUUUUGGAUCCAGCAGAGAGAGCUGUGCUCAGGAUUGCAGAUGAAAGAGACAGAGUGCAGAAAAAGACGUUUACAAAAUGGAUAAACCAACAUCUCCUGAAGGUCCGAAAGCAUGUUAAUGACCUGUAUGAAGACCUACGAGAUGGACAUAACCUGAUCUCACUGCUGGAGGUCCUGACUGGCCAGUCAUUGCCUCGGGAGAAAGGGAGGAUGCGGUUCCAUAGACUCCAGAAUGUACAGAUAGCACUGGACUUCUUAAAGAGGCGGCAGGUCAAGCUGGUUAACAUCAGGAAUGAUGACAUCACAGACGGGAAUCCCAAAUUGACGCUGGGAUUGAUAUGGACCAUAAUUCUGCACUUUCAGAUCUCGGAGAUCCAUGUUUGCGGGGAGUCGGAGGACAUGACAGCCAAGGAGCGUCUGCUGAUGUGGUCCCAGCAGAUGACCGAGGGCUACGUGGGCGUACGCUGUGACAACUUCUCCUCCUCCUGGAGGGACGGGAGGCUUUUCAACGCCAUCAUUCACAAAUACAGGCCUGACCUAGUGGAUAUGGCCAGAGUGUCGGCCCAGACUAGCCGGUCAAACUUAGAACAGGCCUUUGGGUUGGCUGAACGGCUUGGGGUGGCCAGACUACUGGACCCUGAGGACGUGGAUGUGCAGACUCCUGAUGAGAAGUCAGUCAUCACAUACGUCUCCACUCUGUAUGAUGUCUUCCCUAAAGUACCUGAUGGUGUUGACGGUAUCAAUGCAAAUGAUGUUGAUAUAAAAUGGGUAGAGUACCAGAACAUGGUGAAUUACCUGAGCCAGUGGCUCAAACACAAUGUGGCAGUGAUGUCAGACAGAGCGUUCCCUAACAACCCAGUGGAACUCAAGGCACUUUAUACACAGUACUUGCAGUUUAAAGAGAAUGAAAUCCCGCUGAAAGAAACAGAGAAGAGCAAAAUCAAGCAUCUUUACAAAAUGCUUGAGGUGUGGAUGGAGUUUGGUCGUAUCCAGCUUCCUCAGGGAUAUCACCCCAACGAUGUGGAGAAGGAAUGGGGCAAGCUGAUCGUGGCCAUGCUGGAGAGAGAGAAGAGCCUGAGGCCUGAGGUGGAUAGGCUUGAAAUGUUGCAGCAGAUUGCCAACAGGGUCCAGCGGGACUGUGUCAAUGGAGAGGACAAACUAGCAUUAGCAAGAGCAGCUCUGCAAUCUGAUGCUAAGAGGCUAGAGUCUGGGGUCCAGUUCCAGAAUGAGGCAGAGACCGCUGGGCACCUUCUGGAAUGUGAAAACCUGCUGAGACAGCAGGUGGUAGAUAUCCAGAUUCUACUGGAUGGGAAGUACUACUACUCCGAUCAGCUUGUUCAAAGGGUAUCCAAGCUCCGUGACGACCUGCUGGGCAUGAGGGCAGAGUGUUCCUCUGUGUACAGACAAGGACGCACCCUAACCACCCAACAGACCACGAUGAUGAUCUCAGGCAUCACUCAGAGUCUCAACUCAGGCUUCUCCUCCUCCAACCUCAACUCCAGCCUCACCCCUGGAGGCCAGGGAACCCCCGGUUCCACCUUCACCUCCAUCCUUACCCCGGGCCUCACCCCUGCCCUGAGUCCCGCCAUGACCCACGGCGGCAUGCAGUCCGGCUUGGUGCAGGCCUACAUGGGGGGCGGAGGAGUGGGUAUGGCCCCGGGAGACCUCCAGCACCUCAAACAAAUGCAGAUCCGCAAGCCCCUGUGCAAGUCCUUGCUAGUGGACCCCAACAUGACCGAGGAUGAGGUCAACAUAAACUUUGUGCAGGACCUGAUCAACUGGGUGGAGGAGAUGCAGGUGCAAUUGGAUCGCGGAGAUUGGGGAUCUGAUUUGCCAAGUGUGGAAACACAUUUAGAGAACCACAAAGGGGUUCACAGAGCCAUCGAAGAAUUUCAAAUGAGCCUUAAAGAAGCCAAACUUAGUGAGAUUCAGAUGACCCAAAAACUAAGUUAUUCUGAGAAACUGGGAAAAUUGGAAACCCAGUAUGGGAAGUUACUGAACUGUUCGCGGGAGCGUCAGAAGAACCUGGAGAGCCUCCAUGACUUUGUUUCGCGGGCCACCAUGGAACUCAUCUGGCUCAAUGAGAAAGAGGAGGAGGAGGUCGCUUUCGACUGGAGCGAUCUCAACGGCAACAUCUCUAAGAAGAGACAGUACCACUCUGAUCUGAUGAGAGAGUUGGAUGAAAAGGAGGAGGUGAUCAAGUCUGUACAGGACAGGGCAGAGAACCUUCUGCAGGAGAACCACCCUGCUAGGUUAACUAUUGAAGCAUACAAAGCAGCCAUGCAGACCCAGUGGAGUUGGAUUCUACAGCUAUGCUCUUGUGUGGAGCAGCACCUCAAAGACAACACAGUCUAUUUUGAGUUUUUCAAUAAUGCCAAAGAGUCCAUGGAUUACCUGAAGAGCCUGCAAGGUGACAUCCAAAGAAAGUAUUGCUGUGAUCGGACAAGCAGUGUACACAAGCUGGAAGAUCACAUCCAGGAGUCCAUGGAUGAGAAGGAGCAGCUCCUCCAGUACCGCAGCACAGUGGCUGGGUUGGUGGGCAAAGCCAAGGCCAUCGUCCAGCUCAAGCCUAGGAACCCCGAUACCCCUGUCAGAUCCUCCAUACCCGUCAUAGCCAUCUGUGACUACCGACAAAUAGAGAUCACCAUCUAUAAGGAUGAUGAGUGUGUCCUGGCCAGUAACUCUCACCGGGCCAAGUGGAAGGUGAUCAGUCCAUCUGGGAACGAGGCUAUGGUUCCCUCUGUCUGCUUCACCGUGCCUCCACCCAACAAGGAGGCUGUGGACCAGGCCAGCAGAAUUGAGCAGCUGUACCAGAAUGUCCUGACUCUGUGGCACCACUCCCACAUAAAAAUGAAGAGCGUGGUCUCCUGGCACUACCUGAUGGCAGACGUCAGAGCCAUCCGUGACUGGAACGUGUCCUCAAUUAAGACCAUGUUGCCAGGCGAGCACCAGCAGGUCCUUAGCAACCUGCAAUCCCACUUUGAGGACUUCCUGGAGGACAGCAAGGAGUCGGAGGUGUUCACUGUGGCAGACUGUUCCCAGCUAGAAAGGGAGGUGCUGGCCUGCAAGGACUACUACGAGGAGCUGCUCAAGUCUGCAGAGAGAGAGGAACACGAGGAGUCUGUGUACAACCUGUAUAUCUCUGAGGUGCGUAACUUCCGCAUGCGUCUGGAGGCUCAGGAGGAGCACCUGAUCCGACAGAUCCGCACCCCACUGGACAGAGACGACCUGGAGCAGAGUAUCCUGCGCAUCACAGAGCAAGAGAAGAAGAAGGCAGAGCUGGAUCAGCUGAAGGACGAUCUGGAGACCAUGAAGGAGAAGUGUGAGACGUUCUUCAGACAGGCCGGGGCCUCUCCCGCUGUCCCCACCCUCUCCUCUGACCUCAAUGUCCUCAUCCAGAGCAUGAGCCAAGUCUACUCCAUGUCCGCCAUCUACCUAGAGAAGCUGAAGACAGUGAGCUUGGUGGUGAGGCACAGCCAAAGUGCGGAGGCUCUAGUGAAGCUCUAUGAGGCCAAACUCUCUGAGGAAGACGCCGUGAACUCUGACCUGAAAUCCAUUGAUACAGUCGUCAGCACACUCAAGCAAUGGCGCUCAGAGAUCGACGAACAGAGGGAGAUCUUCCAUGACCUGGAGGAUGGGCUACAGAAGGCCCGUGGUAUCAGUGAACGCAUGUUCAAGGCCCACAACGAGCGGGACUUUGACCUGGACUGGCACAAGGAGAAGGCUGACCAGCUAGAAGAAAGGUGGAACAACGUCCACUCCCAGAUUGAGAGCAGACUUCGGGACCUGGAGGGCAUCAGUAAAUCACUGAAGUACUACAAAGACUCCUACGGCAGUCUGGAUGAGUGGGUCAGAGAGAUGGAGGCUGCUCAGCUCAAGACCCAAGAGAAGCAGCCAGAGGACAGCAAAGCGCUCGCUGAGCUGGUAAACCAACAGAAGGUCCUCGUUGCAGAAAUGGAACAAAAGCAGAGCAGAAUUGAUGAAUGCCAAAAGUACUCAGAGCAGUACUCAUCUGGUGCUAAAGAUUAUGAGCUACAGCUGUUGACCUACAGAGCCAUGGUUGACUCCCAGCACAAGUCCCCGCUCAAGAGACGGAGGAUGCAGAACUCGGCUGAUGCCAUCAUUCAGGAGUUCAUGGACCUCCGAACUCGCUACACGGCCGUAGUCACCUCCAUGACACAGUAUGUCAAGUUUGCCAGUGAGACAUUGAAGAGAGCAGAAGGCGAAGAGAGAUCUGUUGAUGAGGAGAAGAAAGAGCAUGGUGAUAAAGUAAGCAAGCUAUUGAAUUGGAUGUCCAGUGUGAAACCGGGCGAGAACAAAGAUGGUAAAGCCAGCACAGAGGCCUCUAGUAAGCCUCAGGUUUCAAUGGAAGAGAUGGUAACAAAAAAAGAGAAAAUUGCAGAAGCACUGAGGACUACACAGCUUAUGCUAAGUAAACACAGUGAUAAGAUGACCGAGGAAGAGAAGCAGGAAGCAAAGGAGCAGCUGAAAUCCCUCCAUCAAGCCUACAGUGAUCUCGCCCAGCAGUGUUCUGAUCAGACACCAUCUGCCGAGCAGGAGUUUCAGACCAUUGAAGGCGUUCUCGAAGUGGGAAGUAUAGAGGUCUACUCUGUGUUUAGCUCUGUCCAGAGCGGCAUGAUCGACCACACCACUGGGCUCAGUCUCCUGGAGGCUCAGCUCAUCACCUCUGGCCUCGUUCUGCCUCAGUUCAGGAUGUGUCUGGAGCUAGACGAAGCUUUCCAUCACAACCUCAUUGACGAGGCCACCUGGAAGCAGCUCAGAGAGCUCAACGAAGCCAACCGGAGUAUCCUGAGCCCUCCGUUCUCUUCAGAACCUCUCCCUGUGAUGGCAGCGCUUAGAGAGGGGGCCAUCUCUGAGCGCCUCGCCAUGAAGGUUAUAGAGAUCCAGCUGGCUACAGGUGGGUUGAGGGUGUCCUACACAGGGGAUGUACUGACCCUGGAGAGGGCCUUUCAGUUUGGCCUGAUCCCUGCACAUCUGUAUGUCAAGCUCCUGGAGAGACAGGACACAUGGAAGGACCUGAUCAACCCCGGCACGGCAGAGAAGGUCUCGCUCACCCAGCUGGUACAGAGGAGCGUGGUUGAUGAGGAGACUGGACUGCGACUGCUGCCAGUAAAGAAGAGCCACAAUGGGAGCAUAGAGUUGACAUCCGGAAGGGAGAUGAGUGUACUUAGGGCUGUUCAUGAAGGGUUGAUUGACAGAGAGACCACGUUGAGGCUGCUGGGUGCUCAGCUGUUUGCAGGCGGUAUCGCCGAUCCCAAAACAGGCAGUAAGCUCACUGUAGAGCAAGCCCUGUCAGAGGGCUUGAUCGAUCAAGACACUGCCAGUGGGAUACUGAGCCAGCAGGCCCAAACUGGAGGUAUAGUGAACCCUCAGAAUGGCAAAAGGCUAACAGUGGAUGAGGCUGUUCAGUGUGAUUUGAUGAGCUUUAGCAGUGCACUCUUGGUGCUGGAGAAACAGAAGGGGCUCAUGGGACUUUUAUGGCCUCACUCUGGUGAAAUCUUGACCAUUUCCACCUCUCUGCGGCACCAAAUCAUCACCAGUCAGCUCGCAUUCAAACUGCUCAGCAAAAGACAGAAAAUAGCGUCCCUUUACAUACCAGAAUACUCAGAGGUAGUGGAUAUUAACUCUGCUACUCAAAAUGGUUUCAUUGAUGUACACACAGCAGAGGUAUUGAAAACCAUUGAAAUACCAGAUGUUUUUCCUGAUGUUGAUGAUCUUAAUGACAGAUUUUCUAACUGGCUGAUGUUGAGAGAGCUUCAGAUUGGAGGAUCCCAUCGCACUACAGAUGAUAAUGAGAUUGAUUAUGAGAACAUAAAUACCCCAUCUUCCAUUGAGGCAAAACAGUUAUUUAUCUCAUACCUCACAAUGAAUAGUUACAUGGAUCCAAAAUCAGGACAAAGGCUUUUAAUAUUCGAUGGACAGUUGACUAAAAUGGCAGAACUUUUAGUUGACAUUUCAGUAGAGACAACUGAAAACCAGGUAUACAACACUGGACCUGGUAAUGGCACUUUCGAGGACAUGUCAUUGAAAGAAGACAUUUCUGAAGAUUCAGAGAUGUCCUUUGACAGCAAUACUGAGGAUUUUGGAUAUUUGCACAUUAACGAGGAAACAGAUGGAACAAUGAAAGACCAUCAUGCUUCACAUUUCUUCAAGGAGGAGGAGUCAGAUUAUAAGCAAUCUGACAAUAAAGCAUUUUCUAAUAAUGUGGUGAAGGUGGUAGCACAUGAUGGAACAGAGGAUUCUCCUUCAGCUAUUGACUGUGCAAACAAUACCACACAGCCUGAUUCUGACAUUAGCAUCUAUCAAAAGAACACAAGCAGUAUAAGUCUAGCACCCAUUGGAAUUGAUGUAGAAUCCUCAGAUAAUCAAUCAAAAGAGACUUUCACUGGAAGUUCAGCCACACAAACUCCUUCCACAGACAUGAGCUUGCCCUCAGGUGCACUGGAUUGCAAAAUGAUGAUAGCACACGAUUUCACAGAGAAAUUUCAUAGCUCUGUUAAGAAUAACAGACAGCAUGAUUCUGUUUUGUCUGAUGGCCCAUCACCCUUUGAAAUUGGUUUAGAAACCUCAGAUAAAGCUUUAUAUAAUCAACCAAUAGGAGAAUCAGCCCCACACGCCAUGUCGGAAAGCUCAACCCGUACUAAAUCAUGCUCAGUGGGUGGCAAAGACAUUAGCUUGCUAGCACAAUGCAUCACAGACGAAGCAUCUGUAGCUGUUCAUUCUGAAAAGAAUGCCAGACAACCUGAUUCUAAAGACAAUGUUUUGACUUAUAGCAUCUAUCAAAGGACCAGACACGGUACAAGCUCAUCAUCAUUUGAAAUUGGUGUAGAAACUUCAGAAAUACCUUCAGAUUAUCAACCACAAGAGACUGUCAAUGGAGUUUCAGCUUCAGAAACUGUUUUGGAAAGCUCAGCUCCUCCCAGAUUGUGCUUAGUGAAUGACACAGACAUGCGCCUGACAUCAGGUGCCAAGGAUUCUAAAAAGGUGGAGGCAAAAGGCCUCACAGAGGAAGCAUUUGUAGAGGUUAGCUCUUGUAAAAAUACCAGUACGAGCCCAGCGCUAACUGAAAUUGAUUUAGUCACCUUUGAAACUUAUUCAGAUAAUCAACCAAAAGAUACAGCCAGUGGAGGUUCCGCCACACAAACCAUUUUGGAAAGCUCAACUCCUAGAUUCUGCUCAGUUGAUUCUGAAAAUACUAUCCAGCAGUCUGAUUCUGAAGCAAAUGUUUCGAAGAAGAAGAAGAUAAACAACACAAGUAUAGUACCCUUUGAAAUUGAUGUAGAAACCUCACAUAUAACUUCAGAUAAUCAACCACAAGAGGCUCUCACUUUCAAUGAAGGGUCAGCCACACAAAUCAUUUUGGAAAGGUCAACCCACCCACUAUUGUGCUCAGUGAAUGACACAGGCAGGAGUUUCCCCUCAGCUGCACCAGAUUCCAAAAGGAUGCCAGCACAAAAGGAAUAUUCUAGCUCUGAAAACAAUCCACGACAUUCCAAAAUGGAGGUAGCACACGGUUUCACAGACGAAUCAUCCAUAUCUAUUGACUCUGAAAAAAAUACCAGGCAACCUUCCUUUGAAAUGGGUGAUGUGUCUGACAGAAUCGAUCAAACCAACACAAUGAGCACAAGCCCAACACCAUUUAAAAUGGAUUCAGAAACAGAUAUUGCUUCAGAUAAUCAACCUAAAGGAAGUUCAGCCACACAAACAGUACCGAAAAGCUCUACUUUGUGCUCAGGGAAAGACACAGGCCUGCCCUUGGCCUCAGUUGCACAAGGUUCCCCACAACGUCCCACAUAUCCAGUGACACCUGGCUGUGAGACAGACAAGGACACCAACUUUGAGUCAUCGCUAUUGGCCACUGUAUUGACAGACAUCCUUGACACAACCACAGCGUUUCCAUGCACUGAAGAAGUAGUGUGGGACAAUGAAGAUGAGAGAGGACUUGCGACCCACCUUCUCAGACCCCAAGUUGAAGAGGGUGGCAUUUUGUGUAUAAUUUCUGAGAAACGCUGUGACCUUGAUGCACCUUUUGAUAAGGGCCUUGUGGACGAGGACACUGUGUUAGAUGUGUGGGCAUUGCAGCUCCACAAGGGAGAUGUCUUAGAGGAAGAGAAAAGCACAGUGGCAACCCUGAAAGAAGCUGUGUCUAAAGGCUCCAUAUCCUCCCAGAUACCCCUGCAGAUCACGGAACAGCAUAGCCUGUUGGGUGGUGUACAUGACCCCAAGUCUGGAUGUACUAUUAGUGUGAGUGAAGCACUGGAUUCAGCGAUGAUUGAUGAUGAUUUGGCUGAAGAGAUCCUUCACUCAGACCCAGUACACAAAGCAAUCAUCCACCCUGAUAGACACUGUACUCACAGCAUUUCAUAUUCCCAGAGUCUGGGCCUCAUAGACAACGAUGAGGCUGAGAAUAUACGGCAGCAUCAAACAGACAAAAAGCUGUCGGUUUUGGUUCUUGAUGACUCUGAUGAGGAAGAAUGGAUAGAGAAUAGGGAUGGACAUGCACGGGAAGAUUUGUACGCAGAAGGAAGCAAAGAACAGAACUGCGAUUCACAGGCCUUACUACCUUCAUUCACCAUUAGUCAUGGGCCUGUAUGUAGACAGAUCAUAUCACCUAUCCUGUCAGAUCAGGUAACAGAGGGACGUGUCAUCCAUGAACUUGAAACACCAUCUUCAUUAAGGGAAGAUAGUGCCUCACAUGCCCCCACUAGUUCACUGUCAGACAUUGUCCCUGGGUCUAGAAAUUCCAUCCAAAAUUCCAUUUCGUCAAACAGAUCAAACUCUCUCAGUUUGAGCGAUAGUGGAGAUAGUGGAGCACCUCAGCACCAGGCUGAGGAAUUGAGACAGACAGAGGAAGACGGUAGCAGUUCUCUGAGGAGAGACACUGAUCUGUCCUGCGAGGCGGUUGGCUUCACUCCGGGUGAUGGGCAGCUGGGAGCAGGAUACCCUGAGAUAGUGGGGGACCAGACUGUUUGUCCUGUUCAGAGUGACUCAAGCGUGUCGUGCUCAUCACAUAGUGAUCUGUUGUCUGAUGAAAGGAAAAUGGAGAACACUGUUCAGCCGCCAGCCAGCCAGCUAGUCAAGGAGUCAGACCGGAGAAUAGAUAGCUCAUCACCAAGAGAUUUGUCUGGCGAUGUAACAAGCACAGUGUCCGGAGAUGUGGGUGUCAGAGGGGAUAAAACUGUAAUAAAUGGUGAUGGCGUUUCAUCGUUUAACACUGUGUCACCUCAGCGACCUCUAGUGAAAUCAGAGAGGGAUGUUGGUGGCGAAAUCGAGCCCACAUCCUCUCAAAACGGGCACAGUCAUAGUAACCCCACCAUUCAGAAAAAGACUCCAGUGCAGUUGACUAACUUAUCUGAUUUAGCUAUUGUAUCCAGUGUACAUAGCAUAAAAUCAGGCAGUGACAAUAAAGACAGCUACGAUAUAGGUGAUCAAGAGCAGUUACAGACUGCUCCCAUUAAAGAGAUAUCUAGCACAAUCACCCCUGAUCCGACACUGACUGAUAAACGCCUGCCAAAUUCAAACGCUAAUGUUGAAGCUAAAGCUAAUGACAGGGUUGAAUCAAGCAGGAGUGGUGACAGCAAACCAGGGAGAAAAGAAGGCUCAUCUGAUGAUGGUCUCUCACAGAUUACUGAUCAAGCAACAUCACAGACAGGACAGACAAGUAGCAAUGAUACAAGUUCGUUGUCAGCAUCAAAAAUGACCUCAGGAAAUCCAUUAAAGGCAAAAGAGCCAGGUAUGAGAACAGAUGUUAAACAAGAUGAAUGUGGUUCUGUUGAGAAUCAUCCCCAACCGAUGGCCGCUAAUGCUCAACCAGACUCUCACUCCAAUACACCCUCAACAUCAGAAAUGACCUCAGGGCAUCCGGUAAAGCUUGGCCUCGGAUCAGAUCUUACAUGUAGGCAGAAUCAAUGUGGUGCUGAUGAGAAUCAUCCCCAUCUGAUGACUGUUGAUGUUCCACCAGACUUAAUGACACAUGAUAGUGUCCCACCACCUGCGUUGGCGAUCUAUACUGCUCUAAGGUCUGGUUUAGAUGAGCUGGUGAGAAUGAGAGUGGAGGGGGCAGAUGUCGAUGACUUGCAAAAGGCUGAGACCCAAGCAGUGGAGGACAUCAUCAACCUGAUACAGGACAAUCCACAGUCCCAUGGAAGAGGUUUUGGUGAUUUUGGUGAGGAGACAGAUGCAGCGCCUGGGCUUAUGAAAAGUAGUAGCCCAGAUCUCCUCAGGGAUCUGUUGAAGCAGGAGGCUCUCCGUUCAGGUAAAACUAGUCCGGAGGAAGAGGAAGGGGAACCCCUCCAUGAAGAAACCCCUCCAUCUGAUAUGACCCAGAUUCAGUCUCAGCUUCUGCAGGUUCUUCAAAGUUUAUCCUCAAGCCAAGACCCUGCCAUGCUCAGCGAUGUGAUAGGAACCUUGAGCAGUAUUCUGGGCGGUGCUCCUCACGAGGGCAGGCCACACAACCUGGAGAUCAUCCAGGAGGAGGGCUCAUCAGAUGAGGCUGAAGGUGCCGUGGCAGAUCCCAUGGAAGCUCCUGACCUAUGUCAAUCUACAGAGGUUGAAACCAUUUCAGACACAGGCAAUGCUGAACCAGUUCAAUCUAAAGUCAGGCAACAGUACUCCACCCAGGAUUAUCUGGAGUGUGUGGGCAGACUUCAGGAUCAUGCAGAUGUUCUAGAGGAGAUCAGGAAUGUCCUGUCAUCCCAGCAGGGCUCUCUGAGUAACAAUAUGGAGGAGUUAAACAGUCAUCUGGAUGAAUCUCAGUCGUUGGAAGCACAUCUCUCUACACUGGCUGGCAUUCUGACCAGAGAUCUGGACAUAACCAAGCAGCUGUUAAAGUCUGCCAGUGCGCUCGUUCCCACGCAUAUCCACCAAGAUCUGGCUUCAGCCUUUCGAGAGUUGCAGCCAGUUUUUGCAGACGUUUGCCAGAUGUCUGCAGAAAAUAAUUAUGUUCUAAGGCAGGCUAUUGAUACAGGAAAGGCCCAGUUGAAGUCAACAUACCAGGAUCUCCUCAGUACCCUUGAUAGACUAUCAGGCUGUAUUCAUGACAACUCUGAGAUGGCCGGCAACCUCGACAUCCUGAACACAUCUGACUUGGACACAGUGAAAGACAUGAUCCAAAAGAAUAAGGGCAUGGAGACUAAUCUGUCAGGGACCCACAGACAUCUGGAGGACACUGCGUUUGACAUCCAGUACUUUAUCUCAGAGCAUGCCCAGUUCCUGAGUCCGGCCCAGAGCAGGCACCUCCUCAAGUCUCUCAGCGCCACCCAGAGGGCGUUUAAGGAACAGACGGAGAGGGUGGCCAAACAGAGACGCACCCUGGAACGCCACCUGGAGAUCAAAGAGGACAAGAGUCAGCAGAAGUACAUGGAGGAGAAACAGAAGGUGAUCUCAGACAAGCUGCAGGAGCUGUGUGACAACCUGACCAAUACAGAGAACCGUCUGAUAGGCCAUCAGCAGCAGACCAAGGGUGCAGCGAGUGUGGAAGACCUGCAGCAUGUGCAGCAAGAGCAUCAGGCCUUGCAGAAAGACAUCUUGACCAAUGGCAGUGCCUUGAAUGAGGUCAUCAGUAGCACCAAGAAGUUCCUGGAUGAGAAUCGGUCUACGCUGACCCCAGAUCAGAUCAUUGCCAUCGAGAGCAAGCUGGAGGACGCCGAGAGCAAGGUCAAACUUAUCAACCAACGGGCAGAGGAGUCCAGGAAAGACCUGGAGAAGUCUGUGACCACUGCUAUCAAACAGGAGACUGAGAAGGAGGCUGCUGUUGAGCAGCUUGAGGAGAGCAAGAACAAGAUUGAGGGUUUGCUGGACUGGAUCAACAACAUGGGGAAUGAGAAAGUGAUGGGGGGCGAACAGACAGACCAUAUGGGCAUACAGAACGGGAACAUGCCGUUGCAGUCGGAGACCUCGGCCAAGAACAUUCUGGGUGAGGAUGAUGACCCCAAUGGAAACAAUGGAAACGCUUUCCAGACUACAGACAACGACACUGAAGGACAGGCCACAGGGAAGACCCCAGAACUGGACCUGGAAAAGCAGUAUGACAGAGUCAAGGCUCGUCACCAGGAGAUCUUGUCCCAGCAACAGGAGCUGAUCAUGGCCACCCAGUCAGCCCAGGCUCUGCUGGACCACCAGGCCCAUGCCUUGUCGCCCACGGAUAAGGACAAGCUCCAGAGGGACAUCCAGGAGCUGAAAGGACGGUACAACUCUUCCCUUACCCACGCAGAACAGCAGAUGAAGCAGGUGGUCCAGGUUCAGGAGGAGCUGAAGAAGUUCCAGGGAGACUGUGAGGAGUUUGAGGGCUGGCUGCAGCAGGCAGAGGGGGAGGUGGAGGAGCUGGGAGCCCCUGCUGGAGCUCUCAACGACCUCACAGAAAAGCUCCAGAGACAGAAGAGCUUCUCUGAGGACGUCAUCUCCCACAAGGGAGACCUGCGGUUCAUCACCAUCUCAGGACAGAAGGUGUUGGACGUGGCGAAGGCCUGCGGACGCAUGGACCCUGGUGGGAAAGAUGCCCAGCUGGAGGUGGAUACCACUGCAACCUGUGCUGCUGUGAAGGAGAAGCUUGACUCAGCUGCUGGUCGCUUCAAAGCCCUACACUCUCAGUGCAAUGAUCUUGGCAACAAUCUCAGAGACGUGGUGGACAAGUACAAGAAGUAUGAGGACUCGGCUGCUGGUCUCCUGAAGUGGCUCAACAACUCAGAGGAGGACGCCAGAAGGCAGCAGUCUGAGGCCAUCGCUGCCGACCCUCAAACCCUACAGAAACAGCUGGAGGACACCAAGGGUCUGCAGGGUCAGACUACUGGUCGUCAGACUGCUGUGGAGACACUCCGCAAAACAGCUGACUCUCUGGUCACCGCCCAGGGGGACCUGUUGACCAAUCAGGACCAUAUCCAUGAAACAGUGGAUGAUAUUGUGGAGAGGUAUGACAACCUGUCUAAGUCAGUGAGUGAUCGUAAUGAGAAGCUUCAGAUCACCCUGACCCGCUCCCUGAGUGUCCAGGAUGGCCUGGAUGAGAUGAUGAGAUGGAUGGAGGGAGUAGAGGAGAGUGUGAAGGAGAAAGGACAAGUCCCUCUGGAUUCAGCAGCCAUUGGAGAUGUGCUCAGCAAAGAGGCAGCUCUGGAGCAGGAUAUUUCCAGUCGCCAGAGCAGCAUCUCUGCCAUGAAGGCCAAGGUUAAGAAGUUUGUGGAGACAGCUGACCCCGCUGCAGCGGCUCUGCUGCAGUCCAAAAUGGACACCCUGUCUCAGCGCUUCUCUGACGCCUGUGACAAGCACAAACACAAGCAGGGCCAGCUGGAGCAGCUGAAGGACAAGGUGGAGGAGUUUGAGAAGACAACGGAGAAGGUGCAGCAGUUUGUGCUCAAGCGCUCUCAGGCCCUCUCUGAAACAGACGGACCAGGGAAAAACGUCAACGAGCUCUCGCAGCUCAUGCAGGAUACUAACACUGAGUUGGCUGAACAUGCCAAGGAUGUGGAAAUGCUGCAGAUGCUGUCAAAGGAACUGGCCAWUAUGGGUCCAGAGYGAAGCAAGGCCCAGAUUCAGCGRAAGAUGGACAACCUCUCCAACACCUUCAAUGCCUUCAAAAACACUGUGAAGGAGAAAGAGGAGGAGGUGUCUUCCUGCCAGGAUCAGCUGGGAGACUUCAGGGCUGCAGCCGGAGCUCUCAGGACGUGGCUGGAGGAGACGACAGAGAAAGUCCCUGUGGUUCAGCCAACCAGCAGUGAACAGAGUCUAGCAAAGGACCUGAAGAGAGUCAAUGCUCUAAUGGAGGAAUGGACAACCAAAGGCUCUGCUGUCCAAGAUAUAAAUAGCAAAGGAUCUGCACUAUGUAGCCUCAUCAGUGUUCUCACAUCUCCAGCCAAGACCAAGAUGUCACAUAAGUCAGCUGUUACUAACAGUGGUGGCCCCGGAAACCAUGCCUACCUAACCAAUAAAGAGCUGAUGGUGGUACAGCAAAACAUGGCGUAUAUCAACGAGGGCCACAAGAGUCUGGGAGAAGUGCUGAAGGGCCGGGCUACAGAGCUGUCUGUCCUGGUGCAGGAGGUGACAGAGGCCCAGAAGGAGACAGACACCAUGAUAACAUGGCUGCAGGAUAUGAAGAAGACAGCAGCAUCCUGGAACUCUGCGUCCACAGAGAAAGACACCAUGAAAACACAACUGGAGCAACAGAAGGCCUUUGAGGAAGACAUGAAACAAAAGCGCGAGCAGCUCCAGAAGCUGAGAGAGAAGCUUCUCCAUCUGAUUGAAAAACACCCAGACUCUCCUGAAGCAGCAAAAUGGAAGCAGAUGCUGUCACAGAUAGAUGCUUCCUGGGCGGAUGUGAGCGGGUCGGUGGAGGACAGGAAGCAGCGUCUGGAGGAGUCCAACAGGAACCUGGACGUGUUCCAGACUACUGAGCCGCAGCUCCGCCAGUGGCUCUCAGAGAAGGAUAUGAUGCUCAGUGUCCUGGGGCCCCUCUCCAUGGACCCCAACAUGCUCAACACACAGAAGCAGCAAGUCCAGAUCCUCCUGAACGAGUUUGACAGCCAUAAGCCACAGUUUGACCAGCUUCACGAGGCUGCUGCUGCUAUCCUGAGCACAUCAGGCAAGCAGGACCCCUCCUCUGGUGGGAAGGUGGUGAAGGAUCAACUGGCCGCCGUCACCCAGAAAUGGCAGGGCCUGACUGGGCAGCUGGGCCAGAGAGCCGGCCUCAUCGACCAGGCCGUGGGGAAGUCGAGCCAGUUCCAGGAUCUGCUGAUGAGCCUGAGCCAGAGCGCCGCCUCACUGGAGACCUGGCUCAACAGCCAGCAGGCCCUUAGCAGUCAGCCUGACGUGGUGAAGAAGCAGCUAGAGGAGGCUAACAACAUCUCUGGCCAGCUGAGGGAGGAGAYGAAGAGGCUAAAAGAGGCUGAGACCCUCUGCUCUGAGCUUUCUGCCCUGGUCACGGAGGACUACCUGAAAGCAGGCCUAGACAGGCAGCUGGAGGGGGUCAACAAGCCUUUCAAACAGUUGGAGGACAAAGCAGGGAAGCGGAUCCAGCAACUGAACUCCGCCUUCGCAAGCUCCCAGCAGUUCCACCAGACCUCCAAAGACUUCCAGGGGUGGAUGAACGAGAAGCUCCAGGAGCAGUCUAAAUCCCAGGCCAUCUCGGCCCAGGUGGAGACCCUCCGGCAGAGCCUGAAAGAACAGAGUGCCCUGCAGAAGGCCCUCAGUGAACACGAGGAACCGUACAGCACCAUCGUCAGGGAGGGAGAGACCCUCCUCCAGAACACUGACGGGGCAGAGAAGGUGGCGAUGCAGGGCCAGCUGGCUACACUGCGUUCCAACUGGGACGAUGUGAAGAAGAGCUCGGCUGAGCGCCAGGAUAAGCUCCAGGGGGCGCUGCAGAGGGUCCAGAAGUAUCACGAGCACGCUGAGAAGCUCCAGUCCUGGGUCCAGGAGUGUGAAGCCAGGGAGGGCAGCGUCAGGCUCAGCGUGGACCCAGCGGAGGUGGAGAGCUCCAUCUCCCAGCUGAAGGCUAUCCAGAAGGACGUGGAUAAACACAGAGGCCUGGUGGAGCAGCUGAACACUGCAGCCGACAGCCUCCUGGAGGUGGCCAACGCAGACACAGAGGCCGUCAGGGAGGAGAAGGCGGCCAUCGGGCAGAGCGUGGACCGGGUCACGGAGGGGGUCCAGAACAAGAGAGAGUCUCUGGAGAAGAUCUCACAGAGGCUGAAAGAGUUCAACGACACCCACAAUGAGGCCAAGGGCCAGCUGGCAGGGGCUAAGAAGCAGCUAGAUGCCCACACAUCACUGGGGGUCCAGGCCUACAGCAACAAGAACCUGACCAACAUGAAGGCCCAGCAGAAGAGCCUGGAUGGAGUCAACACCCAGGUUGAGCACCUGAAGAGCCUUGCCCAGGGCCUGGUGGCUGAUGUCCCCGAGGCAGACGGGGUGACCGACCUCCUACUGCAGGCCGACAGCCUGGAGAAAGAGCACGGCUCCCUCAGCAAGGAUGUAGGGGAGACCUGCUCCACCUUGGAGGGCAAGCUGCAGGGCAUCGGGCAGUUCCAGACCAACAUCCGCGAGAUGUUCACCCGCUUCGCAGACCUAGAUGACGAGCUUGACAGCAUGGCUUCUGUGGGCCGCGACCUGAUCACACUUAAGGAGCAGCAGGGCAGCAUCAAGGGCUUUGUGGAGAAACUGCAGGAGCUGAUGGCCGACACGGCUCGAGGAGGGGACAGCUGUAAGAAGAUGCUGGAGACUGAGGCCUCCCCAGACCUGCUGGGGCUGAAGAGAGACCUGGAUGCUCUGAGUAAGCAGUGUGGCAAGCUGAUAGACAGAGCUAAAGGGAGAGGGGAAGAGGUGGGGAGCACACUCACCCGUCUGGUUGAGCUUUACUCCAAGCUACAGCAGUUCACCAACAAACUGGGCGGGGCUGAGGUCAAGGAGGAAGGUCAAGGGUCACUUGGCAUGGAGACUGAUGUCAUCAACCAACAGCUGGAAGCUUUCAAGGUAUUCCAGAAAGAGGUUGAUCCACUGCAGAGCCAGUUGCAAGACAUUAACUGGCUGGGCCAAGGCUUGAUCCAGAACGCUGACAAAGGCACCAGCACCAAGGGCCUUGAACUUGACCUGGAGGAUGUCAACACACGAUGGAACACUCUCAACAAAAAGAUUGCUGAGCGGUCAGUGCAGCUGCACGAGGCCCUGUUGCAUUGUGGGAGAUUCCAGGAUGCCCUGGAGUCCCUACUCAGCUGGCUGACGGACACAGAGGACCUGGUGUCCAAUCAGAAACCUCCGUCUGCCGAGUUCAAAGUUGUCAAGGCACAGAUCCAGGAGCAGAUACUCCUCCAGAGGCUGCUGGAUGACCGCAGGCCCACGGUGGAGCUGAUUAAGAAGGAGGGAGGGAAGGUUGCGGAGCUGGGAGCAGAGUCCGUGGACAAGGAGAAGGUGGGGAAGGAGAUUGAGUGCCUGGGGCAGAGGUGGGACGCUCUGCUGAACAAGGCUGAGAACAGGCACAAACAGCUGAAGAGCAUUCUGGUUGUGGCUCAGCAGUUCCAUGAGACACUGGAGCCGCUGUCUGAGUGGCUCUCUGCCACAGAGAAACACUUGGCCAAAGCUGAACCUAUUGGCACACAGACCUCCAAGCUGGAAGAGCAGAUCUCCCAGCACAAGGUAUUAGAGGAGGAGAUAAUGGAUCACAGUAAAGACCUGGUUCAGGCCGUCAACCUGGGUCAAAUGCUGAAGCUAGUCAGCUCAGUGGACGAUAAGGAGCUGGUGCAGUCUAAGCUGGACUCCAGCCAGGCUAGUUAUGUAGAGCUGCAGGAGCGUUGUAGGAGGAAGGCUGAGAUGCUGCAACAGGCUCUGGCCAACGCACAGCUCUUUGGAGAAGACGAGGUGGCCCUCAUGAACUGGCUCAACGAAGUGCACACUAGGCUGAGCGAAGUGUCCGUCAAAGACUACAAGACGGACGUGCUGGAAAAGCAGUGUGCAGAACAGCUGGCCCUACAUGAAGACAUUGAGUUGAGGAAGCAGAAUGUUGAUCAAGCCAUUUCUAAUGGAUUGGAACUGCUGAAACAAACAACAGGUGAUGAGGUGGUUGUCAUCCAAGGCAAGUUGGACGGGAUAAAGAUGAGAUACGCUGAGAUCAACUCCAUGAGUGAUAACGUGUCUAAGACCCUGGACCAGGCCCUAACCCUGGCCUCUAAGCUUCAGCACACCCAUGAAGACCUCAGCUCCUGGCUGAAGAAUGUCGAGGCUGAGCUCACCGCCUUCACUGCUCAGGCGCCUGUAGGAGAGCAGCUCGUUCAGGCACAAGACAGGCAGAAGGCAUUGCUGAAAGAGGCCAGGGAUCACAAGCCCCAGGUGGACAAACUCAACGAGGUGAGCAGCUCUCUGCUGGAGCUGGUCCCUUGGAGGGCUCGGGAGGGCCUGGACAAGAUAGUGACAGAGGACAACGAUCGCUACAAGGCCACCAGCGACACCAUCGCACAUCACGUGGAGCAGAUAGACGCCGCUAUACUGAAAUCACAGCAGUUUGAACAAGCAGCUGACACUGAGCUAGCCUGGCUUACUGAAGCAGAGAGGAAGAUGUUGUCACUGGGAGAGAUCAGGCUGGAACAGGACCAGACCACUGUCCAGCUCCAGUCCCAGAAGGGCUUCUCUAUGGACAUCAUGAGACACAAGGAUGCCGUGGAUGGAAUUGUGAAAACAGGCCAGGCCAUCAUGAACAGCAAGAUGAGGAGGAAAAAUCCAGCCCUCCUGGAGAAGUAUGUUGUUGUCAGUCAGCUGAACUCGGAGCGCUGCCUGCAGCUGGAGCGAGCCCAGUCUCUGGCCAGCCAGUUCUGGGAGACUUACGAGGAGCUGUGGCCCUGGCUCCAGGAGACCCGCACCAGUUUCAGCCAGCUCCCACUGGCGUCCAUCGAGUACGAAGCUCUCCGACAGCAACAGGAGGAGCUCAGGCAAAUGCGAGAGCUGAUUGCUGAGCACAAGCCCUACAUCGACAAGAUGAARAAGACAGGUCCCCAGCUACUGGAGCUGAGUCCUGUGGCGGGGGUCGCUAUCAGGGAGAAGUACACAGCCACAGACCUGCUGUACGCCCAGCUCAAGGCUGACGUCAAACAGAGGGCCUUCACUCUGGAUGAGGCCAUCUCCAAAUCCACACAGUUCCAUGACAAGAUCGAGCCCAUGCUGGAGUCCCUGGAGCGGAUCGCUGAGCGCCUGCGUCAGCCGCCCUCCAUUUCUGUGGAGGUGGAGAAGAUCAGGGAGCAGAUCACAGAGAACAAGGUUGUGUCGGCGGACCUGGAGAAACUGCAGCCGUCCUACGACACGCUCAAGCAGCGCGGUGAAGAGAUGAUUGCUCGCUCAGCGGGAGCUGACAAGGACAUAUCUGCUAAAGCUGUGCAAGACAAGCUGGAUCGGAUGGUGUUCACCUGGAAUGAGAUCCAUGCUCUGAUGGAGGAGAGGGAGGCCAAGCUGCUGGAUGUAAUGGACCUGGCAGACAAGUUCUGGUGUGACCACUGUGCCCUCAUCGUUACCAUCAAGGACACCCAGGACCUGCUGAGGGAGCUGGAGGAGCCUGGAGUCGACCCUUCUGUAGUGAAACAGCAGCAGGAGUAUCUGGAGAGCUUCAAGGAGGAGAUUGACGGCCUCCAGGAGGAGCUUGAUGUGGUGCGGAACCUGGGGGCGGAGCUUAUGGCUGCUUGUGGUGAACCAGAUAAGCCAGUCACAAAGAAGAGUAUUGAUGAGGUGAACUUGGCGUGGGAGACUCUGAACAAGGCAUGGAAGGAGAGAGUGGACAGACUGGAUGAGGCCAUGCAAGCUGCUGUACAGUUCCAGGAUGGCCUGCAGGGUAUGUUUGACUGGGUGGACAUUGUGGAGCACAAACUGGGUUCUAUGUCACCUGUGGGCACAGACCUGGACACUGUCAAGCAACAGAUAGAAGAACUCAAGGAGUUCAAAGGUGAGGCGUAUCAGCUGCAGAUGGAGAUGGAGCGACUGAACCACCAGGCGGGCCUGCUGCUGAAGAAGGUGACGGAGGAGUACGACCGUUGUGCCAUCCAGGAGCCCAUGACCGAGCUCAAAAUGCUCUGGGACAACCUGGAUGAAAAGAUCAUCAACAGACAGCACAAACUGGAAGGAGCGCUGUUGGCUCUGGGGCAGUUCCAGCAUGCGCUGGACGAGCUUCUGGCCUGGAUGAGCAACACUGAAGAGCUGCUCAACGAACAGAGGAAGGCUGUAGGAGACCCCAAGGCCAUUGAGAUCAAGCUCGCCAAGCACCACGUCCUCCAGAAUGAUGUGUUGGCCCAUAAGACGACGGUGGAGGCGGUCAACAAGGCCGGUACUGACCUGGUGGAGUCCACUUCUGGAGAGGAAGCCGCCGGCCUGCAGAACAAACUGGAGAACCUCACCCAGCGCUGGAAAGACAUCCUGGAGAAGACAGAGCAGAGGAGGCAGCAACUGGACAGUGCUCUGCUUCAGGCCCAAGGUUUCCAUGGCGAGAUCGAAGACAUGCAGCAAUGGCUGAAAGACACAGAGCGUCAGCUGUUAGCAUCAAAGGCUGUGGGAGGCUUACCAGACACGGCCCGCGAGCAGCUUAAUGCCCAUCUGGAGUUAUGUUCCACAAUGGAGGCCAAGGAGGAGCUGUACCAGCAGCUGAUGAACAAAGGUCAGCAGCUGCUCACCAUGACCCCCUCUGGCCAGGACAGCAACACAGAGCAGGACCUCCGUAACCUACAGGACAAAUGGGAGUCUGUGCAGGCCAAGGUGGCUGAGAGAAAGGUGAAACUGGAAGAGGCUUUGGCUCUGGCCACAGAGUUCCAUAACUCUCUCCAGGACUUCAUCAACUGGUUGACCCAAGCUGAACAGACUCUCACUAUGUCCUCUCCUGCCUCCCUCAUCCUGGAAACCAUCCUGUUUCAGAUAGAUGAGCACAAGGUGUUUGUGACAGAGGUAAACUCCCACAGGCAGCAGAUCAUUGAGCUGGAUAAGACAGGGACACACCUGAAGUACUUCAGCCAGAAGCAGGACGUGGUAUUGAUCAAGAACCUGCUGAUAAGUGUACAGGGCCGCUGGGAGAAGGUGGUGCAGAGGUCUGUGGAGAGGGGCCGUCUGCUGGACGACACCAGGAAGAGGGCCAAACAGUUCCACGAAACCUGGAACAAGCUGACAGAAUGGUUGGACGAUUCGGAGAAGGCUUUGGACUCUGAGCUGGAAAUCGCCAACGAUCCUGACAAGAUCAAGAUGCAGCUGGCCCAGCACAAGGAGUUCCAGAAGGUGCUGGGGAGCAAGCACUCAGUGUAUGACACCACCAGUCGUACCGGACGUGCCCUGAAGGAUAAGACGUCACUGCAGGACGAUAACCAGAAGCUGGACGACAUGCUGAGUGAACUGAGGGACAAGUGGGACACUGUCUGUGGCAAGUCAGUCGAGAGGCAGAACAAACUGGAAGAGGCGUUGCUGUUCUCUGGUCAGUUUACUGAUGCCCUGCAGGCCCUGAUUGACUGGCUGUACAGAGUGGAGCCUCAGCUGGCCGAGGACCAGCCAGUACAUGGAGAUAUAGACCUUGUGCUCAAUCUCAUCGACAGUCACAAGGUGUUCCAGAAGGAGCUGGGUAAGCGGACGGGGAGCGUUGCGGCCCUGAAGCGUUCGGCUAAGGACCUGAUUGAGAGCAGCCAUGAAGACUCCUCCUGGGUCAAAGCUCAGAUGCAGGAGCUGAGCGCUCGCUGGGAGACAGUUUGCGCUCGCUCAGUAUCUAAACAGACCCGGCUGGAACAGGCACUGAGUCAGGCUGAGGAGUUCCACUCUACAGUCCAUAUGCUGCUGGAGUGGCUGGCCGAGGCCGAGCAGAGCCUGCGUUUCCAUGGCACCCUGCCCGARGACGAGGAGGCCCUCGGGGCUCUUAUCGAGCAGCACAAGGAGUUCAUGAAGAAACAGGAGGAGAAGAGAGUGGGCCUGAACAAAGCCACCAGUAUGGGGGAGGCUAUCUUGACCAUCUGCCACCCAGACUCUAUCACCACCAUCAAACACUGGAACACCAUCAUUAAAGCCCGCUUCGAGGAGGUCCAGGCGUGGGCGCGGCAGCACCAGCAGCGCCUGGCCAUGGCCCUCAGUGAUCUGCUGGCCACUAAGGAGCUGCUGGAGGGUCUUUUGGGCUGGCUGCAGUGGGCUGAGACCACACUCAAUGACAAGGACAAUGAGGUCCUGCCUCAAGAGAUAGACGAGGUCAAAGCCCUCAUCGCUGAACACCAGACAUUCAUGGAGGAAAUGACCAGGAAGCAACCAGAUGUUGACAAGAUCACCAAGACACACAAGAGAAAGGCUGUGGUCGGGAGCGAGCCUGCCAGCCAGUCCCAUAUCCCUGUCCUGGAGAAAGGAAGAGGUGGAAGAAAGCGUUCUCCCACACAAGCCAUGUACCCAUCUUCACAGCCUCUCAUAGAGACCAAGAACCCCAGGGUCAACCUAUUGGUCAGCAAGUGGCAGCAGGUGUGGCUACUGGCCCUGGACAGGAGGAGGAAACUCAAUGAUGCCAUGGACAGACUUGAGGAGCUGAAGGAAUUUGCCAACUUUGACUUUGAUGUGUGGCGGAAGCGCUACAUGCGAUGGAUGAACCAUAAGAAGUCGCGUGUCAUGGACUUCUUCAGACGCAUUGACAAGGAUCAGGAUGGAAAGGUCACCAGACAGGAAUUCAUAGAGGGCAUCCUCUCCUCCAAAUUCCCCACCAGUCGGCUGGAGAUGAGUGCGGUGGCAGACAUAUUUGACCGGGAUGGUGACGGCUAUAUUGACUACUAUGAGUUUGUGGCUGCCCUUCACCCCAACAAAGAGGCAUACAAACCCCUCACAGAUGCAGACAAAAUUGAAGAUGAGGUUACACGCCAAGUGGCAAAAUGCAAGUGUCCUAAACGAUUCCAAGUUGAGCAAAUUGGUGCCAACAAAUACAGGUUCUACCUUGGAAAUCAGUUUGGAGACUCCCAGCAGCUGCGUCUGGUACGGAUCCUACGGAGUACUGUGAUGGUGCGCGUGGGUGGAGGUUGGAUGGCUCUGGAUGAGUUCCUCGUAAAAAACGAUCCGUGUCGAGCCAAAGGAAGGACAAACAUGGAGCUGCGAGAAAAGUUCAUUCUCCCAGAAGGCACCACUCAGGUGAUGGCCAGUUUCCGGUAUAGAGGUCGUAGGUCGCGGCCGUCGUCACGGGCUGCCUCUCCCAACCGGUCAAACUCUAACCAUAGCUGUCCGGCCCAGCAUAAUAACACAGCCUUGACCAGCACACCCAAGACUCCCCAACACAUAACCCGCAAUUAUGAUAAGCCCUGGCUGACAAACAGCAAACCCUCCAGUCCUCUAAAAUCAUCAGACUCCUUUGAGAGCCAAGGUUCAUCCUCUGAGAGCAUCCCAAUACAGGGAAGCAAACUGCGUCUCCCGGGAUACUUGUCAGGAAAAGGGUUCCAGUCGGGAGAAGAGCAGGGAACCCUGAUCAAUGCUGCUGUGAUGAAAGCACGGGGGCAGGCAAUUGGCUUUGAAUCGAGAAGACCCGGCAGCCGGCCUGGAAGUAAAGCAGGUAGCCGAGGCAGCAGCCGGAGGGGAAGCGAUGCUUCAGACUUCGACAUCUCCGAUAUCGCAUCGGUGUGCUCCGAAACGUCGGAGAUGGUGGGUGACACCAGUCGGGGCACACCCCGCUCAUCGUCACGUCAACACGGAGGCAAGCCCUCCAAAAUCCCCACUCCUCAAAGGAGGUCGACCCCCAGCAAACUGGCCAAGACCUCCAAGAGAUAGUCAUUGGCCUUGAGACAUCUACGGGAGCCCCGCUGGCCCAAAGUGGCCCUCCUGGUUCCACAAGACGUAUGGAGACUGGAGACACAUGAACUGACACUAGAGACUGGUGUAUGUGUUAAUUAUUUAAAGUGUUGCGAAGAUGUUAAAUAUUCUGUUGAGAGAAAAAAUUGUUUAAUAUUAAGUGAGAAUGGAAUGUCAAUGGCCUUGUCUAUUUGUGUAUUUGUCUUAAUGUAUUUUAUUUUCUGUGAAUAAUGUCAAAUUAUUAUGAUCAUUUUAUUUUAUUGACGCUAAACCUGAAGAGGUACAAAAAACUGAAAGAAAAAAAACAUGGAAAAGACUACAUUGUAUGGUCGUUCUAACACUUUUACACACUAAUGAAUGGUAACGCACAGCAUUGUGCUCUGAGAGAGUUACUGAAUGUACUGUAAUUUCUGUAUGCUGACAUGCGUGUGACAGACGGUGCAUCACGCUACUGUGGGACACCAAUGAUCUAUUAUCUAUUUAAAGUGCAAUGAUGUUCUGCCAAAAUAUGCAUUUAAAGGGCAAUACAAUAUACAUGUAGCCUACCACAUAGUAAACACUGCAAAUAAUGAUGUUCUGACAGAGAAGACCGUUGAAGGCAAGUUCACGCAGAAACCCCUCAAUAUCCAGGCUUUAAAAUACUUCAACUUUCCUUAGUACCUGCAGGUAAUACUGUUUUGUUUGGUCAACUUACAGCGAUGUGUGCCAUUUUACCUUGAAGAGGAGCCUCCCGGGGCCCUGAGUAGACAUUCUUUAGUGCAUCAUCAUGUCAGUGUAUGGUUCAUUUUACUGGAGUGGAAAGGAUUACUGUAACCUUUUUGUAAUAAAUGUGCUUGCAGAAAGCUACCAUGGGAUAAUGA